AUGGGUAACCAACAGUCCGGGCUGCUCGACAACAUAGCCUCCGGGUCCAACUUUGACCGCGAGGAGGUUGACCGCCUAAGGAAGCGGUUUAUGAAGCUGGACAAGGACAACUCCGGUACCAUUGAGCGCGACGAAUUCCUAGCCCUCCCUCAGAUCUCUUCGAACCCUCUCGCAACACGCAUGAUCGCCAUCUUCGACGAGGACGGUGGCGGCGACGUCGACUUUCAGGAAUUCGUUUCCGGUCUCUCGGCUUUCAGCAGCAAGGGCAACAAGGAGGAGAAGCUGCGUUUCGCAUUCCGCGUAUACGACAUUGAUCGCGACGGUUACAUCAGCAACGGCGAGCUCUUCAUAGUACUGAAGAUGAUGGUUGGAAGCAACCUGAAGGACCAGCAGCUGCAACAGAUCGUCGACAAGACCAUUAUGGAGGCCGACCUGGACCGCGACGGCAAGAUUAGCUUCGAGGAGUUCACCAAGAUGGUUGAGAACACCGACGUCUCUAUGAGCAUGACCCUUGAUCAAUUCUAA